CAGACAUGUUCCUGGUGCUCGUUGUGUCACUUUUUCUGGCAGCUUGUCAUCCGGGAAAAGCGUCCGUCCUCCGUCGUUCUGCAGGAGAACCCGAGGAUGCUCGAUCUGCUCCGACUGUCAGGAACAACAGAUGCCUGGGAGAUCCGGUGCAGAGCGUCCGCAAGUUCAUACUGGACUCUCUGGAUCUACAGACGGAGCCUCGCGUGUCUGUUCCUGGAAUGGCUCAGAUACGAGAGAAGUGGAGAAACCAAUUCAAAGCCACCGGAGAUACGAACCCUGAAGAGCAACACGCCAGAGAAAACACACAACCAUCAUCAUCAUCAUCAUCAUCAUCUUCAGACACCACCAAUUCAACACACCUCCAAUGUUGCAAGUUUGCCUCCCAGGUUUUCCUAAAAGAUCUGGACUGGGACGAGUGGAUCAUUUACCCGGAGAGCUUCACCUUCGUCCGGUGCAGCGUUUGCGUCCCUCAGCAGAAUCAGCAUAGCAUGUUUAAUUGCCCAGAUGACGACCCCGUGCCUCUGGAUCCUCCCUCACAGAAGCCGUGCUGCGAGGCGACCUCAGGCGACCCGGUGCCCUUCCUGUACCUGGAUGAAACCAGCUCGCUCGUUAUCAGCUCCGUGGCCCUGAGCCGUGAGUGCGGCUGCAGCCUUGAUGACCCCCAGGCCCUUUAACCGCGAAGCAGACGACACCUCGAACACCUCGACACCUCGACACCUAACACAUGCCUCCCCCUACCUCUUUACGUCACACAGGUCUGUCACAGGUCACGUCAUCGUUACGUACCGAUCCCGGGACAGCUUUUUGUGUGUGUGUUUAUUAUAAAAUCAAACACUUUUGCAUCUUUACUCACCGCCUCCGUGCUGCUUUUAGGUCUUUUGUAAACACCGUGGAUUUUUCUAGCCGUUAAGAGAACGCAGAUGACCUGGCCAAAUAAAUAAAUAAAUAAAUAACUUGACUUAGCGGAGAAUUUUGAGGUCAUGCUCUUUGAGUACUGAUGGAUUUCUUCACGUGACUAGUUUUAUAGCUUCAUAGCUGGAGUCUGGAAAGGGAUUAGAUAACAGCUACUGGGUGUUCCUCACAAAAAAUGUGGGCACUGCAGAAGCCUAACCAUGCCAGACUCCAGUUUCCCAGUCUGGGCCUCUUGGGUUAUUUAAACAGCAUAAUAACGUCCAUGUAGAGCUGGAGUUGGAGCUGGAGCUGGAGUUGGAGCUGGAGCUGAAGCGGAGCUGACUUUCAGCAGACCUAAAACAAAAAAAAAACAAAACAUAAACUAUAAGUGCAUAUUUUGUAUUCAUGGCUUUUCGACCAUAGUUUCAAGGCUGGCACUCAGAAGCAGCUGUGCCACUCUGGGGUUUUUUUGUUUUUUUUGUUGCUUAGAACAGGAGCACAGUUAGGACAUUUCUGAUUACUUUGUAUAUCCAUGAGGUUCCAGUAGGUCCAUUUUGUGCCGUACAAAAGAGAUUAAAGCUUUAACCCGUUGAACUAUUGAACUAUUAUUAAGUCUUUAAUAACUAUUCUAUUUAUCUUAUUUUCAUGUAAAUCUUUUAUCCCUCUCCUCACAUUUCACCAUUUAUUUGU